AUGCCGCCGGCGUCUGCGCGCGCGCUGCUCCUCCCAUCCCCUUUCCCCCCUUCGGGGAGGACCAUCCCGGCCGUUUCCCCUCUCCUCCGCGUCCCCAAUCGCCACCACGCGCGUCUCCGGCUGUCCUCCGCCUCCCCCCGGCCCUUUCGCUGCAGCGCCGCCUCCGUCGCGGAGGCGGCUUCGCCGGCUGGGGGCGUGGUGCUGGCGGCGGGCCCCGUGAAGCCGUCGUUCGCCGAGGUUGCCAGGACGGUCAUGGAGCUCUCCUCCACGGGGACUCUCUCCGCGGUCGCGCCAGACGGCUGGCCACUGGGCGUAGGCGCUCGAUUCGUAGUGGAUAUGGAUGGAUCCCCGGCGAUUUGCCUCAAGAACAUCGAAGCGGGGAGGUUCUCCGUCGGCGGCAAAUCCAGCUUCCACGUCCAGGUAGACGUUUGGGGGCGAACAUACCCCACACUCUGGUGGUGCUCGGGCAAUUCGAUCUGUUUUCUAAGUCCGCCACUGUUCUUGCGCCUUUACUGAUUCACCCCCAAAAACUUGAACAGCUGGAGCAAAGUGGGUUGCGGACUCCUCAGUGCACGCUGCUGGGGAGCCUCACCAAACCGGAACAUGGGUUGCUUCUGAAGGUUGUUUUCCUCGCCUGUGUUCAUCCUUCUUGAGUUCUUCCAUGGAUUUUAUGCUCUCACCUUGAGAAGAUAUCCACCCGCGUUGACUGUCUACGUAUCUACUGCUUUGCAAAGUGGCCUGUGGCUUUACCCAUUUUUAGAAUGACUCAGUUGUCUGCUUUCCCGAAGGGAUGAAUAGAUCAGGUGACUGAAGCAUGGUGGAUUUCUAAUCACUUUCAGAGCAUGACGUCGAAUUAAGAAAUUUAUUUGAGAUUUGUGAUGACUCUGGGUAUCGAAAAGAAUCCUUCAACUGCUUUUAAGUUCUUGAAUCAGACGUGCAUUCUCUGAAGAUAUGUUUGCAUUCUCUGAGAAUUUGAUGGGUUGAUUGAAGUAUACUGGAUUUCAUAUCUCUCGCGGGGUGAAAUUUCUUAUGAACACAUUUAUUUGGGAUUUUUUAUGGCUUUAGAGGCUGAAUGCGAUUCCCAACUGUUUCUUAAUCUAGAAGUAGGUAUGCAUUCUCGCGAUAUAUUUUGAAUAGUUGUUGAAUCUUCAAAAGCAACACCUGAACAAACCGUUUAAUGUGAAGAUUUCAUGGCAGUCUUACACUUGUGGGUCAUUUUCUCGUUCUAACUUGUUAAUUUUAAUCUUAUUGCACCAGUUUCUAUAGUUUUCCUAAAGACUGGGGACAUCAAAUGAUCUGAACCUAGCUGAAAAACUCUAUGUUUUUCAAAUAGCUUUCGUAGGUUGCUACUUACCAUAGAGUGAAGACAUUGGAUUCAAUAGCCAAUACCAUCUUCAUUGACUGGCUGGCAUUUUCAGGACCUUCAGAGAAAAUGGGAGAGGAGAUUUGCUGAAGAGCUUGAUGAAGAGUUCAUAUACCUUGUCUCUGUUGAACGGGUGCUAUGCAUUGCGGAUUUCAAUGAGGUAUGCGUCUCUUCAGCAUUAGGCACUGCCAAUCUGUUUUCUGUUUAUGACUGCUGUUUUCCCCAAGAACAGUUUUGAAUCCCUUCUCGGAAAGUAGAUAUGGAUGUUAUAUAAGCAGAAGAGAAUAGUGGAGGAGGGAUAUCAGGCUCCAUUAUCUAUAUAUAUACAUACAACCGGAAUUGUAGUAUGAAACCCUAAAAUGUUAUAGAAUUGGGUCCAUUGUCAGCUAAAUGUUUCCGGAAAGAUAAACUAUUUCAGUCAUUCGUAGACUUUCUCUUUUUAGAAGUUGAUCCAAUCACAAUGAACACACGCACAGAUGGAUUCCCAGAUGAAUGCUGUCGCCAAUGAAUAAAGUCUUGAAUAAAAAUGCAUAUUUAUGUGAGCGAGUUUCAUGUCUGCAGGAUGGGAUUUGGGUGAAUUCUGUGGAGUAUGGGAACGCAGAGCCAGACCCACUUCGGAACUGCGCCGAGAAGAUUGUGCACGAGAUGAACACCGAGCAUUCUGAGGAUGUCCAACGACUUAGCAGUGCCCAUGUUGAGACCGAAUUUCAGGUUAGUUCAUCUUGAUGAUUUUGUCAUGUGGGUAAUCGCAGUGUGUUCUUCCAUGCUAGAUCACCCAGUUCGAUCUUUAUCUUCCUUGGAAACUUUAUAUUCCUCAGUGUUCACACAGAAAUCUGGCAUCUAACCGUGAGAUGAAUUUGCCCAUAAACUUCGAUGCACUCUUUGGAUAUUGAAGGAAUCAUCCGUUUUGGGCCAGAUGAUGAUCGGAUUAUUUGAAAUCUGGAAAGUUGGUGGGAGUUCUUGUGAUAUUGAGUUGGGAGAUGAAGUGGAGGAGCAUUGUAUGACAUGAAUCGGCUGUUUUUUCACAGGUGGUGGACUCGAAGAUGAUCUGGGUCGACAGGUUAGGGUUUGAUCUGUAUCUUUACUCCGAAAAAGAAGUGUUCGAAGCUCGGAUUCCCUUCCCCAGAGAAGUCACCGACGAGAAGGGGGUGAAGUCGACCUUCAACUCCAUGUCUCAUCAGGCCUGGGAGGUUGAGAAGAACUACGCCCUCCCGGAAUCACAGAAGGUGAAGAUCUUGAAGAAGGUCGGACAGACUGUGUUGUGUUCGUAA